GAGGGAAAAGAGGGCUACUCCUCCUCACGCCUCCACUCCUCUUUCUCCAUUCACUGAGAAAGCUCUGAGCAGAAGCCUCUCUCCUCCUUGAAUGGACUCCAUCUCUCCGAGCUGAACAAUCUUUUACGGCUGCUGCGGAGGGAAAGAUCACAGCUGAUCAUUGUGUUUCUUUUCUUUUCAUUUCUCCUCCACUUGCUGCUGUUGCUGAGAAAAGUUGACUGCUGUGACUUUGCUGUCGCCAUGAACUUCUGUCGGACUGAAGGAGUUACCAGAUCAGCCGUGUGGUGCUGUUAACAAUUGAUGUGCAAAAACCAAACCACAGAAGAAUUGAAAGAGAAGAACCAGUUCUUACAGUGAGAGAAAGACAGACUCUCAAGGAUUAAGAGAGUGGUGGCUUGAUUUGGGUUUGGGUCAGCGAGACACACAGGCAGGGAGGCAGACAGGUAGAAGCUACAGGGGGACCGAUCAAAUUUAAAAAUAGCAUACCUUUGUCCUAGUUUUGUCCCCUGGACCACAAUGGGUUCAGACGUACGUGACCUGAACUCCCUGCUGCCCCCACUCUCGGCGGGCCCCAGCCCUGGCUGCCCAGCCCUGCCCGUCAGUACGGCCCCUCAGUGGGCUCCCGUCCUGGACUUUCACACCACUCCCUCGCCUUACUCCACCCUGGCCACCCCCCACACCUCCCUGGGGCCACACUCCUUCAUCAAGCAGGAGCCCAGCUGGGGGGCCACCGGCGACCCCCACCACCACGACACAGACCCCCACUGCGGCCUCAGUGCCUUCACCGUCCACUUCUCGGGGCAGUUUACUGGGACCGGGGCCUGCCGGUAUGGGGCAUUCGGGGCACCCCCACCACCACCAUCCAGUCAACCGCCGCCUGUGGCCGCCUCGCACCACCACCAGCCCCCCAGCCGGAUGUUCAGCAACACACCGUACCUAACCAACUGUAUGGACACACAGCAGGCAGCCCGCAACCAGACAGGUUACAGCACGGUUGCAUUCGAUGGAGCCGGUAAUUACGGUCACACUCCCACACACCACAGCUCGCAGUUCUCCAACCAUUCCUUCAAACAUGAAGACGCUUUAACUCAGCAAAGCACUAUGGCUGAGCAGCAGUAUCCUGUACCUCCUCCUGUCUAUGGAUGUCAUACACCUUCAGACAGUUGUACAGGCAGCCAGGCUCUGCUGCUGAGAAACCCUUACAACAGCGGAGAAAAUUUAUAUCAAAUGACCUCUCAGUUGGAGUGUGUGGCAUGGAACCCUGUCAAUACACUGGCAUCCACCAUAAAGAGCCAUGCAGCAGGCUACGACAGUGACCCCAGCACCCCCAUGUUGUACAGCUGCAGCACACAGUACCGCAUACACACACAUGGAGUCUUCAGGGGAAUACAGGAUGUGCGGCGGGUGCCCAGCAUCACUCCAGCCAUAGUGCGGUCAGAGAGCAGCGAGAAGCGUCCGUUCAUGUGUGCCUACCCAGGAUGCAACAAACGUUACUUCAAGCUGUCUCAUCUGCAGAUGCACAGUCGCAAACACACAGGGGAGAAACCUUACCAAUGCGAGUUCCCAGACUGUGGCCGGAGGUUUUCUCGCUCUGACCAGCUCAAAAGACACCAGAGGAGACACACAGGAGUUAAACCCUUCCAAUGCGAGACGUGUCAGAGAAAGUUCUCUCGGUCUGACCACCUUAAGACACACACCCGGACUCAUACAGGUAAAACAAGCGAGAAGCCGUUUAACUGCCGGUGGCCGAACUGUCAAAAGAAGUUUGCCCGAAGCGAUGAGUUGGUGCGACACCACAACAUGCACCAGAGGAACCUCACCAAGCUCCAGCUGGCCAUCUAAGUCUUUUGUUAGCCCAUAUCACAGUUUUCAUUGUAAACAUCUGGUUUACAUCUGCUUAUAUUGUCUGUCUCCGGUUAAUCCAAACCUGGUAACCCCAUUUGCAGCCCAACCCUGUGAGGGAAUCAGCGAAUCCUAAUGAGUUUCAGUAAAAAACAUAAUAGUAGUUGUACAUAAUUUAGAUUUUAAGAACUAGAUAUCACAGUCUACUAGGCAUGGGCCGGUGUGCGAUUCUGACGGUAUGAUAACCUUCAGUAAAAAUAUCACGGUUUCACGGUAUUGCGGUAUUGCAAUUACAGCUUUAAAAUGUAUUAUUUUUUUAAAUGUCUAGGUAAAAACAAUUGUUUUUCUCCUUUGAACACAAUGUAUUUUAUUUUUAAACACACUGCAUACUGGCAGGGAGAGAGAUUUCUAAACUGCACUUCCUGUCCUUAUGUCCACUCAUAAAAAACAGCUCA